GUGUGACCUCGAUGCAGGGGUCAGAGUAUUUUUCUGCAUGACGGGACGUAUCCUUAUUCUUUCCCUACGUCUUGCCCCGUCCAUUGGUGCAGCGCUCCUAGAUCGCAUUCGUUGAUUCGAUGGCACCGUGCAUUCUUAUCUUGGGUUGAUUGCUUUCCUUGGUGCUUGGGAAAGAAACAUAAAAUAAAAAAACAGGAAAAGGAAAAAAGAAAAGGAAAAGAAUCAAUAACGAAAAUACAAAAUGACCUUAUUUAUAUGGAGCAUUCUUUGCAUGCUCAUCCCGACCAAUGCGCUGGUACUGCGCUCUCAGCAGGUUCUCUCCCCGCACGCCCUGCCAGACACAACCUCAGAACAAUUUCCUCUCUCUCCGACAGACGAGCCAACAGAUACUGCGGCCGACCGCACCCGGCGUGAUCUCCUAGAUGCCCUCAAUGUCAUGCAAGAUGAGUACUACGAAUUGUGGCAAGGGACCUGGCCCACCAGCAUCGAUUGGACCGCCGCUGUUCUAGGCACGCACGUCUCAGCCACCCUGUCGUCGUUCACCGCGGCGGCAGAUAGCCCACUGUCUCUGGAAAUGGAGAACCUGCUCAAUCGCUUCUUUGGUCAGAUCUCGGCGUUCUAUUUCGGCGAGGACGCCUUCUCAGUCCGCAACCAGGCCUUUGACGAUAUGCUCUGGAUCGUGCUGGGGUGGCUGGAGAGCAUCAAGUUCCAGGCCCUCCAUUCCGACCUGCACUACGACGAAUCGGCGGGGACUACUCCCGCCGGUGGACGCUGGUAUGGGAAUCAGCUCCGGAUUCCCGCGGCUCACCGAGCGCGCCUGUUCCAGGAACUGGCGUCAGCAGGCUGGGACACGUCGCUGUGUGGAGGCGGCAUGGUCUGGAAUCCACGGCUGUCUCCGUAUAAAAAUGCCAUCACCAACGAGCUCUACAUCUCGGCCAGCGUGGCCAUGUACCUCUACUUCCCGGGAGACACCAUUGACUCGCCGUUCGUGGCGGAUACGCUGGACCAGAGCGUCCACUCCGACGGGUACCCUCACCAUCCCGCCCACCUGCAGGCCGCCAUUGAGGGGUACAACUGGCUCAACAGCUCCAACAUGGUCGGCAUUGGCGGGCUCUACGCAGAUGGGUUCCACAUCAGCGGGUGGCAGGGCUCGAACCGGCCGGGGUCGCGCCGCUGCGACGUGCUCAACCCAAUGGUAUACACAUACAACCAGGGAGUCAUCCUCAGCGGGCUGAGGGGCCUCUGGCUUGCCACGGCGUCGCCAAGCUACCUGCAAGACGGCCACGAACUGGUCCACCGUGUCCUCCGGGCCACCGGCUGGUUCAACCGUUCCAGCCGGCAAUGGGCGGGUCUCGGUCGCGGGGGAGUCCUAGAAGACGCAUGCGACUCUUCGGGCGGAUGUUCCCAGGACGGACAGACCUUCAAGGGCAUCUUCUUCCACCACCUAGCCGAGUUCUGCCGACCUAUCAACCCGCAGGAAACGCGCUUCCUAGCAAGCGCCAACGCGACCCAGCCGGACAACUCUGACUGGGAGCACAUCUACGAAUGGCACCUGCGCCAGUGCGGGAGCUACGGGCGCUGGAUCGAACACAACGCCAAUGCGGCGCGAGCGACGCGCAACGAGGAGGGAAAGUUCGGGACCUGGUGGGGCACACAUUAUCGCUCGUCGGAGACAUCCACCGACAGCCCCCUGCCUUUUGGGGCAAUCGACUACCGCAACUAUGGGGAGCGAGCAGAGGGUUCAGAGCCGCUGGUCGGGGCCCUCCGUAGUCGCGUUCCGGAGGGAGAUGGCGAGACCGCCAUUGCGCCAGAACCUAACUUUUCCCACCGGAAGCAGCUCCGUUCUUUGACACCGUUGGAGGAGACCUCUCAGCCCAUCUCCGAGACAGGCCGUCGAGACGCCAACGACCGCGGACGCGGACGCACCGUCGAGACCCAGUCUGGCGGUGUAGCGGUGCUGCGGGCGCUGUACCAGUGGCAGACGAGCUUGAUGUAGUUCAGCAUUACACCGAUGCUCCCUUCUUUCUACUUCCGUCGCGGUUUUGUAAGGCGUUGUUGGAAUAGUUUUAGUCGGUUGGUUGGCGUUGGAUGGAUGGAUGCUUAGAUAUAGAGGAUAGGUCAGGCAAGGAUGGGUAUUUUUA